AGAGACCAGAAGGAUCCUCAGCCUCAGCUCCACAGCCUGCACUGACUUUCACAGCCGCUCACACUCUGCUCAGACUCCCACGAUGUCCUGCCGCUCCUACAGGAUCAGCUCAGGAUGUGGGGUCACCAGGAACUUCAGCUCCUGCUCAGCUGUGGCCCCCAAAACUGGCAACCGCUGCUGCAUCAGUGCCACCCCCUACCGGGGAGUGUCCUGCUACCGGGGGCUCACGGGCUUCAGCAGCCGCAGCCUUGGUAACCUGGGCUCCUGCGGACCCCGCAUGGCCAUUGGGGGCUUCCGCUCUGGGUCCUGCGGCCGCAGCUUCGGCUACCGCUCCGGCGGCGUGUGCGGACCCAGCGCUCCCUGCAUCACCACCGUGUCGGUCAACGAGAGCCUGCUCACGCCCCUCAACCUGGAGAUCGACCCCAACGCGCAAUGCGUGAAGCAUGAGGAGAAAGAGCAGAUCAAGUGCCUCAACAGCAAGUUCGCUGCCUUCAUCGACAAGGUGCGCUUCCUGGAGCAGCAGAACAAACUGCUGGAGACCAAGUGGCAGUUCUACCAGAACCAGCGCUGCUGUGAGAGCAACCUGGAGCCCCUGUUUGCUGGCUACAUUGAGACCCUGAGGCGGGAGGCUGAGUGUGUGGAGGCUGACAGUGGGAGGCUGGCCUCGGAGCUCAACCACGUGCAGGAGGUGCUGGAGGGCUACAAGAAGAAGUAUGAAGAGGAAGUGGCUCUGAGAGCCACAGCUGAGAACGAGUUUGUGGUUCUAAAGAAGGAUGUGGACUGCGCCUACCUGCGGAAAUCAGACCUGGAGGCCAACGUGGAGGCCCUGGUGGAGGAAUCUAGCUUCCUGAAGCGCCUCUACGAAGAGGAGAUCCGCGUUCUCCAAGCCCACAUCUCAGAUACCUCAGUCAUUGUCAAGAUGGACAACAGCCGUGACCUGAACAUGGACUGCGUUGUGGCUGAGAUCAAGGCUCAGUAUGAUGAUGUUGCCAGUCGCAGUCGGGCUGAGGCUGAGUCCUGGUACCGCACCAAGUGCGAGGAGAUGAAGGCCACGGUGAUCCGGCACGGGGAGACCCUGCGCCGCACUAAGGAGGAGAUCAAUGAGCUGAACCGCAUCAUCCAGAGGCUGACGGCUGAGAUUGAGAAUGCCAAGUGCCAGCGUGCCAAGCUGGAAGCCGCUGUGGCCGAGGCAGAGCAGCAGGGCGAGGCGGCCCUGAGCGACGCCCGCUGCAAGCUGGCUGAGCUGGAGGGCGCCCUGCAGAAGGCCAAGCAGGACAUGGCCUGCCUGCUCAAGGAGUACCAGGAGGUGAUGAACUCCAAGCUGGGCCUGGACAUCGAGAUCGCCACCUACAGGCGCCUGCUGGAGGGCGAGGAGCACAGGCUGUGCGAGGGUGUGGGCUCCGUGAAUGUCUGUGUCAGCAGUUCCCGUGGUGGAGUCACCUGUGGGGGCCUCUCAUAUAGCACCACCCCUGGGCGCCAGAUCACCUCUGGGCCCUCAGCCACCGGGGGCAGCAUCACAGUAAUGGCCCCCGACUCCUGCAGCCCCUGCCAGCCCCGCUCCUCCAGCUUCAGCUGCGCGAGCAGCCGCUCAGUCCGCUUUGCGUAGUGUGGGGGCCUCCUGCCAAGCCGCCUGCCCCACCGGUGUCCACCCCAGCACUGAAUGAUGUGUGAAUGGAAAAUGUGUGCUUGCUUCCAGAAUCUCCCAGAUGUUCCUAGAGAGGGAAAAACCCCUGGGCCGCUUUCCUCCACCUUCUUGUUUUAGGGAGCUGUUUCCUAGUUCUCCUCUUGGCUUCAGUUUUAGAGGGCCAUUCCUAGCCCUCACCUAACUCCAGCUAGCUCCAAAUACCUGUGGCCAAUUUGAAUUAUUCACCAAGCUCUCUGGGACACUACCAGUCACCUGACUGCACUUGGGUGCCCAAUUCCACUUGGUCCUCCUCAGACCCUGUAGGGCUGGACAGCAUGGAAGCUGAGCCUUCCCCUGGGUCAAGGCAUGAUCCUAACCACCCAGCCAGGCCUCCCGCAACCAGAGGAGGCCCCACUCCCAGCACUCCCUAUACUGCCAGCAAGAAUGGCCUCUGGGCAAGACCCUGCCUGUUUAUUCUUUAUUGUGUUUUGCUUGUCUCUCUGGCUGACUGUUCUUCUGGGUUAACCUGCUCCAGCCAGACUCCUCCUGUGACCUCCCAGUGGAGAGGCCCAUUAUGGUGGAAAUCCUUUUGCCUGUAACCCCUGGUUAGGGGACUUUGGACAGGUCUUGCUAUUCAGUGCACCUUUAUACAUUUCAAAGGCUCCAUGUUUGCUCCAGAUCUCCCCCUGCCCAGAGAAAAAGGGGAUUGUCCAAUGCAGAGUUGGUCAGAUGGAGAAGGUUAGGUCACUUCCUGGGUCCCCUCUGGUUAUGACUGUCUGUGGGUGCCAUGCCUUCUGGGUUGUCUCAAUCUAUGUUUCAAUAAAUGCUGCUGCAAUGCAAGAA